GGCGGACUCACAUUGAGCAAAGUGGGUGCUCGAGAACCCAUUGACCGCAUCUCGAGCUUUAUAUAUUUAUAUAUAAAACUCAACAAAACGCCUAUAUAAAAUGCUUAAGCACCCAUUAAACAAACAUACCCCUUGGUGCGUUGGUUGAAAAGUGAAUGUCAAAGCAUCUGCUUGCGUGAGAUUCGGGGGUUCGAUCCUGGUUUAUAAUGCAUUUUCUUUUUGAAACUAUGCUGGUUCGUAACUUCUUUAUUGAGUUGGUGUUUCUAAUUAAGUCUUCACUGCUUUGUUUCUCAAUUUUUUUGGCAGAUUCUUCUUUUUAUGUUUACCACCUGGCUUUCCUUUUCUUUUCUUACUACUAACUUAAAAAGAAAAAAAAAGUUUUCCUUUUUAAUUAGUUUGUUUAAGCGUGGUGAAAAAGAGAGAGAGAGAGUUAUCACUUGUAGUAAUGUUCUCUAGUCUUCCCUUCAGUAUCUUAACUUGAACACAAUAGUUUUUCUUUUUCUGCCGCUUUGCCUUUUUUGACGACUAUUAUUUGUCAUUAAAGGCGAGCACCCAUGACCUUAAAAUUCUGGAUCCGCCACUGAGUGGAUGAAGUGGUUAUUGGGUGUGGCUCUAUCCCUUCCCACCCAGGUGGUGGCCGUGUUUCAGUUUGACUUGAAACUAAUUUUGACUGCUCGGAACAGGAAUUCCCAGAAGAAUAUCCAUCCUUCUGAACGAAAAUGUUUACUUUUAAAUUUCUCACACAAGAUUGCCCCAGUGGUAUUUACGGGAGAGUAUAUCUUUCCCAAAGGAACCAAAUUGGAAUUGGUUGAUGCUGUUACAGGACAACAAGUGAGACAUGGACCUCUUGCCUCUGCACAAGUUGAAAUAUUUCUACUUAAUGGUGAUGAAAAUGGGACAAUUCAGGACCUAAACAGUCGUAUUAUGAUGCGAAAAAGAGGUGGAAAAUCAGGGCGCCCCAAAAAUCCAUAUCUGAGGUUGCAAGAAGGCGCUGUUUCUGUUGCUGAAGUUAUAUUCAAACACACUCCAAAGCAUAUGAAGAAGUUGAAGGUGGUAAGGCUAGGAGCAAGGGUUGUCGAUCAACCUGAAGAAAUUAAAGUGAUAGAGGCCGUGAUAGGAACCUUCACUGUCAAGGAUAAACGUUUAAGAAGCAAGAAGCGGUACCCUCCAUCACCAACUGAUGAUGUAUGGAGACUAAAGCAGAUUUCCAGAGAUGGUGCUUUCCAUAGCCGGUUAACUGAAAAUGGUAUCAAAACUGUGGAGGAUUUCCUAAUUGAACUCCAUAACAAUCCUCAGAGGUUACGCCGUAUCCUUGGCAAAAACAUGUCCCAUAAUUCGUGGAAUACCGCUACAAGGCAUUCGAUGACAUGCAAUCUUGAUGGAAGAAAAUACUUGUAUUAUCAUAUGGUGACAGAACAAAAAGCUGUAGUGGUGUUUAAUGUUGCUGGCCAGCUGAUAUGGUUGGACUCAGGGUGCGGUUUACAUCAUUUCUAUACACUUUCUGAAUCUCAGAAGGCAUAUGCACGCAAGUUAGUGGAAUCUGCAUUUGCAAACUGGGAAAAUGUACUAAAAUUUGAUAGCGAGAUUUCUGUCAUGGAUCACUUAUCUUCGUCCAAAUUCUCCCCAUCAUCCUGUCCCGCGGUUGAUGAUUUCCAGCAUACGGAACUUCAACUUACUUCUAAGUCACAUUUGAUUCAGCGAACUGCUGAAAGUAACCAGUGCGUAGUCAAAGCUGAAUGUUCUACUUCUAAUGCAAUUGCUGACCGACAAUCAGAGUCAGAUGAGAUCUCUUUUGCUAUCACUUCUCCUGGCCAUUCAGGUCUAGGUACCUGGGGUUAUCUGGGAUCCCCCAACGAUAUCACAUCUGUGAUUUUAGAUUCAGGAGAUUGGGAGAAAAUUAUGCAAUUUCUUUGUUCUGAUGCAAUUGAACUUGAGGAUUCCCCACAUGGAGAGCCUGGCCAGGUCUAUCACUCUGCUGAUGAAACAUGUUCCACGCAGUUUAAUGGAUUGCAACAUGAUGAGAGUUUGGAUCUUUCCCAAAACCAAUUCACACACCUGGUGAUUUCUGAAGAUUUUCACACUGUCAUCCAUGAAGAUGGCACAAAUGCUAAUCAAUGGACUGAAAUGAAUGAUGCCUCGAUGGUUCCAAUGGCCUCUAUGUGCAAAGGCAAGUCCAAGAAGAGCUGGACCAAGAUAUCCAGCAUACUGAAAUGGUUCUUAUUGAAGAGGUCUGUUAAACUGAAAAACAUCUGUAUUACCAGGGAGCAGAAAUUUUCAAGAUAAGCCACAGGGAAAACAAGAACCACUGGCUCUGUCCCAUUUAGCUCCCAUGGAGAUCGAUCAGCAGUCAUCAAAAUUUUAUACCGUGUGAUGCUUUUAGUUCAUCGUUGAAAUUAGUGUGUGAUUUUUAUGAAUAACUUGAGUUCAUGCUUUAACAUGAACUACUUGACGAGUUUGAAUUGUUGGAACUUAUGAAAAAUGUAAUGACUUUAAAUAUUAUUAUUUUGUCUGAAAGACCGAAUGUCAAUUCGAAUAGGAAGAACAUGCCAUA